AUGAGCAUGUUUCAAUCACCAUUAUCUGAAACUCCAAGUGCGAGAGAUUAUAUCGAUAUUAUGGUUGAUAUAAGAAACCUCGGGAUAUUUAGUAACUUUGAAGAACAUACUCCUACAAUUGUCGUAUUCGGUGAUCAAUCAAGCGGUAAAAGUUCCGUUAUGACAAGAUUAACCGGUGGCUUGCCAAUGCCAAGAGGAUCUUCAAAAUGCACAUCGACUCCUUUCGAAAUACGUAUGUUACAAACCGAAGAGCCAAUACGUAGAAUCACAUUGCGUUACAUAGAAGACAGAAAUCGUAGAGCGAUACCACCAAGAGAAGUAGAAUUUGCUGACAUAACGAACUCGAGUAAAGCGGAUAUCGAAAAAAAAUUGCGUGACGCUCAACGUUAUUUACAAAAUCCAAGUAUUAGAGAUAUCAAAUCAAUGUUGCCUGCUGAUCCAAGUAAUGAUGAGUUGCCUUUUACAAAAAAUGCUGUAUGUCUUACAAUUGGUGGGCCUACGCAAAAGUAUAGUUUGUCUAUGGUUGAUUUACCAGGAAUCGUACGAAACGUUGAAGAUAACGAAAAAUUUGUAAUUGCCUUGGUAAAAGAAUAUAUUAAAAGAGACUCGGCAAUACUUGUUCCAAUAUUUCAGGCAACAUCAGAUAUUGCUACACAAUGCGCGUGGCGUCUUGCACGUGAAGCAGAUCCGAAUGGUUUGCGUACAGUAGGUGCCUUAACAAAGAUUGAUCGAAUCAUCGAUUACCCAAAUGAUGAUGAAAAACAUUUGGAACUCGCUAAUCUAGUAAAAGGUAAAGGAGACCAUCAAAUUGUAAAUGGUGUUUAUGUUAUAAGAAAUCGAUCUAGCGUAGAACCUGACGAUGCUGAUGAUACAUUGGAAAAUGAUACAAUUAGGGAACUCAAAAAACACAAAACUUGGAAAGAUGUACCAAUCAAUAGGUUUGGCUUACAAUAUUUAGUCAUGAAAUUAAGUGAAUUACAAGGACAGGCUCAUAAACGGUCAUGGCCAAGAAUAAGUCCCCUAUUGGAAACUAGUAGAGAUGAUUAUGAAGAAAGAUUAAAUAGCCUUCCGCAUAAACCUAUUGGAAACCCAACCAUACGUUUCUUGGAAUUAAUUGGAAAAUUUGACAAAAAGUUCACUUGUCACGCAAAUGCCGAACAUGUAGAUCAUAAGUUGUAUCGUGGACAACAAUGGAACUUUGGUCAAUUUGAUCAAGCAUUAUUAGACACUCGUCCAAUAUAUAAACUCACUUUUGACGAAGGGAGAUUGAAUACCGAAAUUUUUGAUCCCAUAAAACCUGGUUCAUUGCAAUAUCGUGGAUGGGCAGGUGAUUUAAGAGAAGAAGAAUGGGAAGAAUUUGAUUUUGACAAUGAUGUUAGUGAAAAAUAUGUGUGGACAAUAGAUCAACUUUAUGAAGCUGUUCAAGAAAGUCAAGGAGGUCUAUUGGUUGGUUAUUUUCCAUAUAAAGCCGUAGUAUCUAUUGUUGGAAAACAUCAAAAGGAAUGGCUUCAGAUUUCUACCAAAUUAUUGAAUAAAAAUCACGAUUGGGUUGCCAAUUUUACCGAUGAAUUGAUAGAAAUUACUUUCAAAGAAUUUCCAAACGUUAUUGGAGAAAUCAAGAACGUUCUACGUGAAUUAUUAAGAAAGUGCAAAGAUGAAACGUUAAAACAUCUUAAAGAUCUUGAAGAGAUGGAGCAUAUGUCAGCUAGUAGGGCUCUUUAUGUAACUGAUGAAGCCAGCCUUUUGAAAAAGCAAUCAAAAUAUUUUAUAAAGCUCCGAAUUUUGGCAGCUAGCUCUAGACAAACGAAUCAAGAAUUAAAAGAAGUUCUUGAAUUAGGGACCAAAUUGUUUGACAUGAUGUAUGAUGAGGACGCUAGUGAUCAUGACUUUGAUAAAGCAAAAAACGAUUUAAUCGAUCAUAUUUCACAACGGGAAAACUUUAAUGAUGUUUCAACUCAAAGAUUAAUUGAUGAAAUAAAAAGUCUUAAACUUGCAGCAGAAACACCAUCAACUGCUACUAUAUCUGCGAUGUUGACUAUAAAAAAUUCAUAUUUAGAUAGAUUAAUUCGCAUAAUUCCCGAAUCUGAACAUUCUAGAAAUCACAGUAUUCUAAAAAAUACCAUCAACGAACAUGCUUUUCUUGCUGCUACGAUCGUACCACGUAUAGUAGAAUUUUAUCUCGUACAUCAAUUCGCUAUACGUUUAGGAAUGCAUUUACGUACCCAUUUCAGACUAUUAGGAGCAGAACCAACAAAUCAACCAUCAGAUCUAAUUAAUGAUAUAGACUUAGAGAGUUUAUUAGGUGAAGAUCCAUCGGUAGCUAAAAAUCGUGCAGAAUGGCAAAAGAAUUUUCAUGCUCUUAAUGGUAUUAUUGAUCGAGUUCGAAAAUCUUCUGCCUGA